UGCUUUUUUGCCUUUUUCGUUCGAACUUUGUCCAAGAGGAUUGUGAGUCUGCGCUCGUAAAAUCCCGGCAGUAUCACUUAUUAAUGUCUGAAGCAUGUCUAAAAGUUCAGCAGAAUCCUCCAAGCAGGAUAACCGCGGUGACAUCGGGAAGAUCGCGGAGUGUCUGAGACACAUGCUAGCCUGUGGCGAAUCGAGCGAUGUACAGUUCGCAGCGGGACGUCAAUAUGGCGCAGUGCAGAUGUUUUCUGCUCACAGACUCAUCAUGGGAGCCCGUAGUUUUGUGUUCCACACCAUGUUCUACGGAAGCAUACCAGAGGACUGCUCAGUUCCCCUUGAUAUUCCCGAUAUCCAUCCUGACGCCUUCGCUAAUAUGCUGAGCUUCAUCUACACGGACACCGUGGAGAAUCUCAACAGCGAUAACGUGUUCCACACACUGAGUUGCGCUGACAAAUAUGAUUUGUCAUCGCUGGUUGGUCUGUGCACCCGCUUUAUCGUGAACGGCCUCAACAUGGACAGCUGUCUAGAAAUUUUGGAGAAGGCUAACCGUCAUACAUGCGAAUCGCCCAGUGUCACGGAAGAGUGUUUGCGUCUGAUUGAUGAAUCCAGGGAGCAUGUCUGGCAAUCCGAUUAUUUCUCUGCCAUCAGACAGGAGACGUUACUGAUGAUUCUCCAACGAGAGACGUUAGCCGCCGAAGAGCAGAUCAUCUAUUCGUCUGUUGAAAAGUGGGCUGUGAACGCGUGCAUUCAGAAUUCUCGGGAUGCGUCUGCCGUUAAUCGGCGUGCAAUGCUGGGCCCGGCACUGUAUCUCGUCCGCUUCCCACUUUUAACCAAUGAGCAGCUGAUGGCUGGCCCAGCUAAGACUGGUUUGUUACUGCAGUCGGAGCUAUGGGACAUCUUCCGCUACAAGCAUGACACCGUAAAGCCACCGAUUCCAUUCAUUGGGGAGCCCCGACAAAUACAUGCCAUUUACUAUACGAUUCCGGAUGUGAGGUUGCUGCCGGAGAACACUAUGUACAGUAAUCCUGUAACCAUCCGAAAGCUGCAAUGGAAGAUAAGGAUUAAGAAAAAUGACGAUGACUCAACCUUUCUCGGCUUCUAUCUGCGUUGUGAUUAUUACCCGAAAUCGACUCCGUGGACGUGCCGGGUUAGGGCAGAGCUACGUCUGCUGCCAUGGAAAGCGGGAACUGCACCUGUCAAGAGAGGUACUCUGAACCUUUCUAGAGAUUUGCCAUCAGUACAGCAAUCAGGACCAUAUUUUGGGAUUCCCGAAAUAUAUCUCUAUGAAGGAAUUACUGGACCCCACGAAAGGCUACGUCAGCCCUAUUGAUUUCUCCGUGAGACUGCAAAUCCGAGUGGCUGUUGAACCUCCCUCUGGAAUUUAGUGAUACAGUGUGCGUUGGUGUCGAGGAAAUGUGGCGCAUUUAAUGGAUAAAAAAUUGUCUUUGGUUUUAACGAUAAGUUUGUAGUUUACUCGUACGUACAUUGAAUACAGUUUAUGUAUGCGAUCUAACGCAGACUUUUGCCAGAUCCCUUUUUUGAAGUUUGACCGUUUACAUUGAAUAAUGCUGUAGUUUAUUUAUCCGAUCCGACGCAGACUUGUUUCUGUUAACAAAUCGAAAGGAGCCCUUUUUUGAAGUUUGAAAUUGCAUAUUAAAACAUUAAAACAAGAAUUUUACAA